GGUCCUGAGCAUGCCCUGGUGAGAGGGCUCCUCUUGGGGAGCCCAGGGCGCUCCGGGAGCCUGCUGGUUUGGGGGUGUCUCCUCCCGGGGCGCGAUGGCGGCGUUGGCCAGUAGCCUGAUCCGACAGAAGCGGGAGGUCCGCGAGCCCGGGGGCAGCCGGCCCGUGUCGGCGCAGCGGCGCGUGUGUCCCCGCGGUACCAAGUCACUUUGCCAGAAGCAACUCCUCAUCCUGCUGUCCAAGGUGCGACUGUGCGGGGGGCGGCCCACGCGACAGGACCGCGGCCCAGAGCCUCAGCUCAAAGGCAUCGUCACCAAACUGUUCUGCCGCCAGGGUUUCUACCUCCAGGCGAAUCCCGAUGGGAGUAUCCAGGGCACCUCAGAGGACACGAGCUCCUUCACCCACUUCAAUCUGAUUCCUGUGGGGCUCCGUGUGGUCACCAUUCAGAGUGCCAAGCUGGGUCACUACAUGGCCAUGAACGCUGAGGGGCUACUGUACAGCUCGCCGCAUUUCACAGCGGAGUGUCGCUUUAAGGAAUGCGUCUUUGAGAAUUACUAUGUCCUGUAUGCCUCUGCUCUCUACCGUCAGCGUCGUUCUGGCCGGGCCUGGUACCUAGGCCUGGACAAGGAAGGCCGGGUCAUGAAGGGAAACCGAGUCAAGAAGACGAAGGCAGCUGCCCACUUUGUGCCCAAGCUCCUGGAGGGUGGGUAUGGGCUCAAGAAAAGUGGCCAUGUACCGGGAGCCUUCUCUCCACAGUGUCCCUGAGACCUCCCCUUCCAGUCCCCCUGCCCACUGAGAUGUAGUCCCUGAACUGGAGGCUCCCUGCUCUUCCAGUGAGUCAGCCACCGCCACAUCCUGUGUCCUAGCCCUGCGCCAGGCCUUGCUGCUCUCACCCCUGUUGCCACACACAUGCCCUGAGCAGUCAGGUCUCAGCAGGUGCUGUACCUUGUGGGAGCUUCGGGGCUAUCGGGGACCUCCGGAGUUGCUGCGCUCUUAGAUCCUGGGGCCCAGGAAAGGCCCAAGCUGGGGGUGCCUGAGAUGACCCUGCCUGAUCACUUCUCUUUUUUCCACACUAAUCCCUACCCCUUAAGAGAACACCCAUUUUUUUCCUGAAAGGCACCGGGGUUCCAACACUGACAAGGCAAGGCAGUAAUACUCUUCGCCCCGGCUGAGCCAGUCUCUGAAGCCAUGUCCUUCUUUGCAUCGUCGAGAAGCCGUAGCUUUCUAGGUCGGUCCACUGGCACUCAGAAUUCAUCUCCUUCUCUCUCUGCUCUACCUUCUGUCUUGGUCUGGACAGGUUCUGAUAUAGGUGGUCACCCCAGCCAGGCAGGGCUAUUCCUGUGUUCUGUGUUGGAACCCAAGUAUGGAUGGAUCCUUUACAUGUCUAUCCUUGUCCUAGAUGGACACCUCCCACCCCUGGCUUUAAAAAAGAGGCCUCCUAAUGUAGCUAUUGUCCUUGGUCUGGAUUGGGACCAGUCUCAGGUCACCACUGGUUACACCUUCUUAUCCCAGAGACACCCAAUUCUAGAACGUGGUAUUCUAGACCUUUCUGGAGCCAUACUUCCUCCUGAAUCUCAGCUCUAGGACACAGCCCAUGACUCUCAGCCCUUUCUUCCCGGAUGGAGCUAGGGCCUGUAUAGCCAUAUUAUUGUACUAGGGUAAGUUCUAAACCUACCCUUCCACUUUCUCCAGUGAUUAAAGGAUGAGCUAUGGGUAGAACUCAGCUAUGAGUAAUUAAAAACUGAUUGGUUCUGAGCUGUCCUUGGUGGCACGUGCCUGCAACUCGGCACCCGGGGGUUUGAAUUAGAAGGAUUCUGAGUUGGAGGCCAUCCUGGGCUACAAUAGCAAAACCCUGUCUCAAAGCCAAUACGCGCACGCGUGUGCGCACACACACACACACACACACACAGAGAGAGAGAGAGAGAAAUUACUAAUCAGAUCAGUACUGAAUGGAUCAAGAAUCACUUCUUGCUUUUCCUAAAUAAUUUUCUAAAAAUAGUCCCUCUGGAAUACUAACCUUACUUUUACAUGGUUUCCAGUUUCAGCAUCCCAACUGGGGCUCUGCCAGGGGAACAAGAGCCUGGGGAAAGGUACAGGAAUUCUGGAAGACUAUACCUGGCUCCUUGAAGGGAAGCCGAGAGGGAGAGAGUGCCCUGGUAUGAUUGAACCUGUGUCUGAACACUUAGCUACCUCAGCAGGAAUUCCUUCCACAUCCCUUUUAAAGCUGAGGUCUUUUGUUCUGAUAUGGUAUGGUGCACCUGUGAGGUAAAGGAGGCGAGGAGAAUCAGGAAUCAAAAGCUAGCCUGGGCUACCUAGUGAGGUCAGGGCCAGCCUAGGCUAUGUGAGACCCUAUCUCAAGCAACAGGAAGCUGAGGUCUUCAACGAGAAUAACUCUAGAAUUAAAAAGGACAAAUAGGGAUACAGCUUUGACGCCUCCUCACAGCAGAGACCCCCCCAACUCAGCAAUAAGUUCAACUUCUCCGAGCCCUCUACAGGUCAGGCCUAGGAAAUGAGGAGCCUCUUGGGCUCCCAGACCUCAUAUGUAUCCCCAGAGCUUCUAACUAAAUAGAAUUUAACUUUACAGCUUUUAAACCUCAGGUGGGUUUUAAGUACCCAAAAAGGACCUGAAAAACGGGGAAAGCCACGGGGAACCUCUAGUAAAAUAGGAGGUAGAUUCCGAAUCUAGCAGAUGUAGGUGGAAAUGUCUAUGGAGGUCCUAAGGGAGGGGCUAGUGCUCAAAGACAGGUCACUUUUCCUCAGGCCCUUUUACUUCUGGCUUGUUGCAAGAGAUGCCCCCCUCCCUCAUACAAACCCCGCUCAGGCUCCGCCCAUCUCCUGGCACUGCUCUCAGGGGACUGGGUCUCCACUUCAUGCUUUCUGUAAUUAAAGAUGAU